GUGUAUGUGCUUCUUCUCAGCUAUAACUCCAGAUCCAAACCACACCAUCAUCAACAACGCUAUAAGAAACAGCUUCUCUUCCUCUUUCUCAUCCAACACUGCUGUAUCGCGGGCCACCAGAAUUAAUAAGCCAUGCCACCCCACGAGCCCGAGUCCCGGGGAGGCCACCCAAAUGGCCCUGCGGCCAACCCGACCGUAGUUGCAUAUCCAACUCCUCAUUCAUAUCCUUGUUGCACCCUGCUUGCCACUGCCGUGUUCCCUGUCCUUCUUAAGUUUGAGGAGGUGGAGUACAAGGUCAAGGUGAGCCACCACGGCAGCAAAGGCCCAGGGCUGUGCUGCUGCGGCAGAGGAGGAGGUGGUGGCCAGGCGGAGAAGACGAUACUGAAGGGUAUCACGGGGGUAGUGUGCCCGGGGGAGAUGUUGGCCAUGCUGGGCCCCUCUGGCAGCGGCAAGACCACCCUCCUCACCGCCCUCGGUGGUCGCUGCCUCGCCGGUAAGCUCUCCGGCAAGAUCACCUACAAUGGCCUCCCCUUCUCCGGCCCCAUGAAGCGUCGCACCGGCUUUGUUGCACAAGACGACGUGCUCUACCCGCACCUCACCGUGGCCGAGACGCUGGUCUUCACGGCGCUGCUCCGCCUCCCCCGAUCCCUGGACCGGGCCGAGAAGGUCCGCCAGGCCCACCAGGUCAUGGCCGAGCUAGGCCUCACCCGGGUGGCCGACACCAUGAUCGGUGGGCGCCUCGUCCGCGGCGUCUCCGGCGGGGAGCGCCGGCGUGUCAGCAUCGGCCAGGAGAUGCUCAUCAACCCCAGUCUGCUGUUGCUCGACGAGCCGACGUCGGGUCUGGACUCGACGACGGCGGCCAGGAUCGUUACCACGCUCAAGCGGCUGGCGACGGAGAGGGGCAGGACGGUGGUGACGACGAUACACCAGCCCUCGAGCCGGCUGUACCACAUGUUCGACAAGGUGGUGGUGCUGUCGGCGGAGGGGAGCCCAAUCUACUACGGCCGGGCCACGGCGGCACUCGACUACUUCGCCUCCAUCGGCUUCUCAUCGCCCCUCACCCUCAACCCCGCCGACCUCCUCCUCGACCUCGCAAACGGGAUAAAACCGGAUUCCCCACACGCAGCCGAGCAUGGAGAGGCCCCCGGCAGCACAGAGCGGGAGCAGAAGGCGGUGAGGGAGGAGCUCACCUCCGCCUACGACCGCAACAUCGCCGCCCGACUAAAAGCCGAGCUCUGUAGUAUAGAUCCUGCCAACUACGGCUACACCAGAGAUGCAGCCAGUGCUGCAAAGAGGGAGCAAUGGUGCACAAGCUGGUGGGAGCAGUUCUGGGUGCUGAUGAGAAGGGGGCUCAAAGAGAGGAGGUAUGAAGCCUUCAACAAACUUAGGAUCUUCCAGGUCCUCAGUGUGGCCACCCUUGGAGGUCUCCUUUGGUGGAAAACACCACCAUCCCAUAUCCAGGACAAGACAGCACUACUCUUCUUCUUUACCGUGUUCUGGGGCUUCUACCCCCUCUACAACGCUGUGUUCACCUUCCCUCAAGAACGGCCCAUGCUGAUCAAGGAGCGGUCCUCCGGCAUGUACCGCCUAUCCUCCUACUUCUUGGCUCGAACCGCCGGCGACCUUCCCAUGGAGCUGGCCCUCCCCACUGCCUUUGUCCUCAUCAUAUACUGGAUGGGUGGCCUCAAUCCACAGGCCGCAGCCUUCAUCCUCUCCCUUCUGGUUGUCCUCUUCAGCGUCCUCGUCUCCCAGAGCCUCGGCCUGGCCAUGGGUGCACUCCUCAUGGAUGUCAAGCAGGCCACCACCCUCGCCUCUGUCACCACCUUGGUCUUCCUCAUUGCUGGCGGUUACUACGUCCAGCACAUACCCCCCUUCAUCGUCUGGCUCAAGUACUUGAGUUACAGCUUCUACUGCUACAAGCUCCUGCUCGGCAUCCAGUUCAGUGAGAACGACUACUACGAGUGCUCGCCGGGAGUCAUGUGCCCUGUGGUGGAGUUCCCUGCGAUCAAGUCGGUGGGGCUGAACAACAUGUGGGUGGACGUGUGCAUCAUGGCAAUCAUGCUCUUAGGGUACCGACUCGUCGCAUACCUGGCGUUGCACCACCUGCAGAGCAGGUAAGGAAGAGGAAGCCACCAUGCCGAUCUUGCAUUCUCUACAGAUUGCCUGCCUUGACCAAAGACAUACAGUGAGCAUCAAUGAGCCAAAGAACAAAAGGUUCAUUUUCUUCUUUUCCUGUGACUAAUAAGAUCGAGUCGCAGCCACCCAGAGGAGACAAAUAAUCAGAUGCUUCGACCUUUUUCAUUGUGAGGAAAUUGCGUAUGAGUACAAUCCACCAGCAUGCAAUGCAUUUUAGGAGAAUGCAUGCAGAACUAUAAUCAUAAUUUGAUAUUAUUAUGCAUGAAUAAAAUUAGUAUAAAGAUAAUCUGAUAUCAGAAAUCAUGGCACUGAAAAUGCUGGUAGACUAGUUUUUUGUGAAAGAACUGUUGUAUUGCUUCUGGUAGCCAUAAAAGUUGAUAGAGCUUUUCAGC